AUGAUCUUCCUGGGCCCUGCACAAAGUAGCCUUCAUUCAACCGCGCACAUAGCGUAUACAUUAUUUCUCUUCACGAAGUCUGACAUCAAGACGACAGUCAUACCUGUGACAUGUUUUGCGAUUGCUGCUGCGCCAGUGUUGCAAGUUCGAUGCAUUCCACACGCGGUCUUCUGGAUCUGGAUUCACCUCUUGCAAUUCGAUGUUUCCAACCAGACCUUGAGACCGGAAGAAGACCUCCUCAACAAAAAGUAUCGACCAAUCCCGUCGAAACGCAUCCAGAUCCGGACGGCCUUAGUCCUUCGCUGGGUGCUCGUCCCCGUCUGUUUAGCCAUUUCCUGGCUGUACAGCGCGGAGGUCUUAUGCGCUAGCGUUGCUCUCAUAUUAUUGACAACCAUCUACAACGAGAUGUCCGCUCAUAGCAAGGGCUGGUUGAUCCGCAAUCUGGUCAACGCGGCUGGAUUCGCAUCGUUCGAAGUUGGUGCUACUCUGGUGGCCACUCGCGAUCAUGACGCACUCGAUUGGGUAGCACGCACGGCGGUGUAUAUGAGCGCGGGGAUCUUCGCGUCCACCAUCCACACCCAAGACUUCAAGGACGUCCCGGGGGACUCCUCCGUGGGCAGGAAGACAAUACCGAUCGUAUUUCCGAGGGUUGCUCGGAUAACGCCAAUGAUUGGUCUUCUUUUUUGGUCACUUGUCUUGACGUCUGUGUGGAGGGUCGGAUUCCGCACGUCCGCCGCACUCUUCACUGUCGCCUUGAUCGUUGGAAGUCGAUACCUCAGACUGCGGACGGUUGCAGAGGAUCAAGUGUCUUUCUACUGGUACAAUGUUUGGCUCUCGUUCGCCCACGCGCUUCCGGGCUAUUAUAGAAUGUACAAUGGACAUUGA